AUGUGUCUUGUAAAGAUUAAGUUUCGUGAAGAACCUGGCUGCUGUAUUGCUGUCCAUUGUGUUGCAGGCCUUGGCAGAGCUCCAGUGCUUGUUGCCCUAGCAUUAAUUGAAGGUGGAAUGAAAUAUGAAGAUGCAGUACAGUUCAUAAGACAAAAGCGGCGUGGAGCUUUUAACAGCAAGCAACUUUUGUAUCUGGAGAAGUACCGUCCUAAGAUGCGGCUGCGCUUCAAGGAUUCCAAUGGUCAUAGAAACAACUGUUGUAUCCAAUAAAACUGGGGUGCCUGAUGCCAUUGUCUUGGAAGUGGAACUUCAGAUGGGACUUGAUUUGUCAUACAUAAUUAGCCAACAUGUUGGCUUAUUGACUAAGUCUGCUGAAGCUUCCACGGGAAUAUUGAAAACCAGUCUUACCAGGCCACAAGCUUGACAGAAUUGCAUCCUCUAUAUUUGGGUUAUGAUCAACCUGUUUGGACACU